GCGCGCACCCUGUUUCUUUCCACGGCGAAAUAUACAAAGCCCCCGGCAGCCUCGGCGCGACGAAGUGAUGACCCGGGACCCCUCUCCUCCUCGCUGAGCGAAACCCACCUCCACCAGUGGGCGCGGGGGCGCCUGCGCGCAGCGGAGAAACCCAAGCGGCGCGAGCGACCGAGAGGAGGAGGCGCGCGCGGGGGACGGGAGGGAUCGAGAGCGGGGAUGGCGUCGCCGGGGGUGGUGGCCGCGGCGCUGGUGGUGGCGGCGGUCGCGGCGUUCUGCGGCACGGACCCGCUGCGGAUGGGCAGCAUGGUGGACUUCCCGGGGUUCGAGGCGCACUUCGUCGACCUCCCGGACCCGGCCGAGAUGCCGCCGCACGCGGACGCGCGCGAGCGGCUGCGCAGCGCGGAGGUGCGGUUCCGCGGCGAGGUGCAGGGGCCCGAGAGCGUGGCCUUCGAUCCGCGGGGCCGCGGGCCGUACACGGGCGUCGCCGACGGGCGGGUCGUCUUCUGGGACGGCGAGCGGUGGGCGCACUUCGCCACGGCGUCCCCGCGCUGGACGCAGGAGCUCUGCGGCGGGCCCAGGGCGUCGCCGCUCGAGUACCUCCCCAACGAGCACAUCUGCGGCCGCCCGCUCGGGCUCCGCUUCGACAAGAGGACCGGGGACCUCUACAUCGCCGACGCAUACUUCGGCUUGCUCAAGGUCGGGCCCGAGGGCGGGCUCGCCACGCCGCUGGCCACGGAGGCUGAGGGCGUGCGCUUGAACUUCACCAACGACCUCGACCUCGACGACGAGGGCAACGUCUACUUCACCGACUCCAGCAUCCACUACCAGAGACGGAAUUUCAUGCAGUUGGUUUUCUCUGGAGAUCCCUCUGGGAGGCUUUUGAAAUACAACCCGCAGACAAAGGAAACGACAGUACUGCACCGCAACCUCCAAUUUCCCAAUGGUGUGUCCAUGAGCAAGGAUGGCUCAUUCUUUGUCUUCUGCGAAGGAUCGCGCGGCAGGUUGAGCAGAUACUGGUUGAAAGGCGAGAAGGCAGGCACCGUGGAUCUCUUCGCCAUCUUGCCUGGAUUCCCAGACAAUGUGCGGACCAACGAGAAGGGCGAGUUCUGGGUGGCGAUCCACUGCCGGCGCAGCCUGUACGCCCGGCUCAUGAGCCGCCAUGUCAAGCUGAGGAAGUUCUUGCUGAGCCUCCCGAUCCCCGCCAAGUACCAUUACCUGAGUCAGAUCGGCGGCAGGCUCCACGCGGUGAUCAUCAAGUACAGCCCCGACGGCGAGGUGCUGGACAUCCUGGAGGACACCAAGGGGGAGGUGGUGAGAGCCGUCAGCGAGGUGGAGGAGAAGGAUGGGAAGCUCUGGAUAGGGUCCGUCCUGAUGCCGUUCAUCGCCGUCUUUGACCUCACCAAGGCGUCUUAGCCGCCCCGGUCGUAUUCCAUCGAUCCCAAUAAUUUGGUGCUACAGCAAACUGGAGCUGUUUGACUCCCCUGCCCUUUUUUUAGUACUAGCAAUGUAAGUUGCUGACGUUUUAGAUUCCCCCUCGAACUUUUAGGAAUGAUGAACAGCUCGUGUUUUAUGAAUCCAGAUUUGUCACGUGUGUUCCUGGCUUCGAAUCUUCGAUCUGUUCCAAUUUGUAUUUGGUAAUGCAUGCGUAUAUAUAGUUUUAAAAGAA